GCCUACGCGGUUGCCGUACUCGGAAAGAUGGCGACCGUCGUAUUGGUUAGCCGUCCUGCGGGUGUCCUGUCAAAGAUUUCGAGCAGCUGCAGCCAGGCUGCGUCUGCAGCUGCGUGCGUUGCCGCAACGCAACAGAGGAAGCUGCACCAUGCCGUCAUCCCCAAAGGGAAGGGAGGACGCUCGUCUUCCAGCGGGAUCGCCGCCACCGUGUUUGGAGCCACGGGUUUCCUGGGCCGAUAUGUCGUCAACAGGCUGGGUCGGGUUGGCUCCCAGGUCAUAAUCCCUCACCGCUGCGAUCAGUACGACCUCAUGUACUUCAGGCCCAUGGGUGACCUGGGCCAAAUCAUCUUCCUGGAAUGGGAUGCGAAGAACAAAGAGUCCAUCCAACGGGCCAUCGAGCACUCCAACGUGGUCAUCAACCUGGUGGGCAGGGAGUGGGAAACCAGAAACUUCCGCUUUGAGGACGUUUUCGUCAACAUCCCUCAGCAGCUGGCCCGGGCCACUAAAGAAGCCGGAAUCACAAAGUUCAUCCACAUGUCCCACCUGAACGCCGACAUCAGCAGCCCCUCCAAAUACCUGAGGAACAAGGCUGUGGGCGAGGAAGUGGUGAGAGAAGAGUUUCCAGACGCUGUCAUCAUCAAGCCGGCCGAGAUGUUUGGCAGGGAGGACAGAUUCUUCAACUAUUUUGCCAACAUGCGCUGGUUUGGAAACGCGAUUCCUCUAAUGGCGCUCGGGAAGAAAACGGUGAAGCAACCUGUUUACGUGGUGGACGUUGCCAAGGCGAUCGUCAACGCGGUGAGAGACCCAGACGCCAACGGAAAGACUUUCGCCCUCGUUGGGCCGAACCGCUACCUGCUUCACGACCUUGUGGAGUACGUCUACGGCGUGGCGCACCGGCCCUUUAUACCCUACCCUCUGCCACUAUAACGACUGCUGUCUGCUUUCAGCCUGGUUGCCAGGAUUUUUGCUAUGAACCCGUUUGAACCCUGGACGACCCCGGACAAAAUCGACAGGUUUCACACGACAGACAUUAAGUAUCCUGGACUUCCUGGUCUGGAGGAUCUGGGCAUCACGGCUUCCUCUGUGGAGCAGAAGGCCAUCGAGAUCCUGCGCCGCCACCGCCGCUACCGCUACCUGGAUGCCGAUCUGGAAGACACCAAGCCGGCCAAGACGGUCAACUACUGAGGCGCGGCGGCUCGCCGUGUAAUUCAGCUUCCUGUAGCGGUAUUCUGUACAUAAAUAAAGAAUUAUCCUCA